CCUAACAGAAUAAUGUACACAGUAAUGGCGGGUGGAUCCUUACGUAGUACUCAAGUGUAUCUAACUUCAUGGUGGGUGGAUCCUUAAGUCCUCCAUUGGCCAUAGAUCCAUUUAUCGACUGAAUGUCCACAAUACAGACCUGCUGCUCAUAGCAUUUUUCCCCGACCCAAGAGACAUCUCUCUCCGCGUCCUUCUCCAUAUGGCGGAGGACGACGACGCUGAGACGUUCGGAGAGUUCGCUUUCGCUUCCUUUCAAUCGAAUUCUCAAUCCAACGCCCCGGAUUCGUUGCCCCACGAAGAAGAAGAUGAUGAUGAUGAAUGGGGCGAUUUCGUCAAAUCUCCGCAGCAGUCGGAACCCUCCCACCCUUCUCUCAAGGGACAUCACCCAUCAGAAUCACCGCCUUCGUGGGUGAAGCCCAGCGGCGCUUUGCCGCUAUCAAUUUUUGGGGAAGCUGAGGAGGAGGAAGACAAUAGCGCUGUUGCUGGGGAUUUUAAUCAAGGAAAAAGCAGUGUAGUUGCUGGGCAUUUCACUUCCACUUUAGCUGUUAAAGAUGUAUCGAAUUCGCAGAAGUUUAGGUUUGAUGAUCUGUAUAAUGGAUUUUCACAGAUCAAACCCGAAAAGGCCCCUGGUGCCAAUGCCACUGGCUGGGUUGAUUCAGUUGCGAAUGGAGUUUAUUCUAUCUCAAAUCAAGAUGCGGCUAGAUCAGCCGUUGUUGAGUCGAAAAAUGUAGAUUUGGAUACUAUUGUAGGUAUUAGUGAUCACAGUCAGCUCACAAACCAGAGCGACAAUGACGAGUUUAGUUUUAAGUCCUAUGUGCCCAAUCAAAGUAAGAACAUUGAUCUUUUUCGUGGCUGGAGUCCGGAACUUAAUGGAUUUAGCUAUAAUUUGAACACGAUGGCUCCAAAUGUUCAAAUCUCAAGUUCAGAGUUAGAUACGAAUGGACAGUUAGAUGCUUCUGCUACUGCUGUUGAUGAUGAUGGGGAUGAUGGGUGGGAAUUUAAGGAUGCAUAUUCAGAAUCGAGGGCUGAAGAAGUGAAUACUAAUGUUGAUGUCACGGUGCGUGAAGCUUCUGAAAGAAGUGCAUACUCAUCUGGGAGUGUAAGUGGCCCAAAUGAAUCACUUGACUUGUUUGGGACUGCAGAUGGUGAUUUCAAUUCCCUCGCGAAGUCAAAUGCAUCAGUUGAUUAUUUGGCUACAUCAAGUGGUAUUUUGAGCACUUCCCAGGAAGUGGAUCUGUUCGGUGUUCAGCCAAGUACAACAACUCUACAUGGUUUUACUUCAGAAACAAACUCAAAUAUCAACCAAAAUGACAUCAGAGGUCCAUCAGACCAUAGUCCAGAUGUUGGAAACACAGAAUUAGGUGAAGGUUUUGGAGGGUUUCCUGGUGCUUCUGCAGAAACUGGACACAAGCAUGGGGUUGAAAACGGGGCACAUGAAGUUUCUCAAAGAAGCGCAUAUUCAUCAGGGGCUGUAAGUGGCUUAAACAAUUCACUUAAUUUGUUUGGGACUUCAAACGGAUCAAUCAAUUUCUUUACAAUGUCAACUGAAUCAGUUGAUCAUUUUGCUGCGUCAAGUGGUACUUCUAGCUCUUCGCCUGAAGUGGAUUUGUUUGGUAUUCAGCCAAGUAUAGCAACUCUAAAUGGUUUUACUCCAAAUACAAACUCAAAUAUCAAACAAAAUAAUAUUAAAGGUCUGCUAGACCAUAGUCCAGAUGCGGGAAUUGCAGAACUUGAUGAAGACUUUGGAGAGUUUACUGCUGCUUCUGCAGAAAUGGGAUCAGAGCCUUUGGAAGUACCCCCUAAUGAUGUUCUUUCUCCCUCUAAAGAUGCAGUAUCAGCACCAUUCGGUGAACAACAGGGGAAAGAUAGAGUGUUAAAUUAUCACAAAGGCGCAAUCCCACUCUCUAUUUUUGGAAAUGAAGAGCCAGAAAGUGAUGGUUCUUCAGAUGUUCAAGAUGUGUGUACAUACCAGUCGACUUCUGAACAAAGGAAUAAUCAUACUUCUACCACAGUUAUAUCUAUCAGUGAUCUUAUCUCAAACUUAUACAGCCAAACUGAGCAGAUUUCUUCGAUAAGCACUGUCCAAACACCAAGUAAAACUCGGUUGAGCCUCUCCAAUGCAGUUUCCAGUCCCAAUCGAGUAAAUGAUGAUGAUCAUCUCGAUCAUGACUCAUGGGAUUUUAAGGAUGCCUCCCAAACAAGAUAUGACUCUGAGGUAUCUCUGUAUAGUGUUGGAAAUACACAUCUGAGUGUUUCUUCCAGGCGGAAGCUGAACAACCAUUUGGAUUUCUAUUCUAAAUUAAAGGAAGAGUUGUGCUUUGUCACUAAAUGCCAAAUUGAAAGCCUAAAGCAAGCUCGAGGUAAUGCUGCUCUUUCUGGUGAAGAUGCAGGGAAUAGUGAAUUCCAGUUGGUCUCUCAGGAACUUGAACAAAUGGACGUCUUUCUUGAAGAAAGCAAUUCAGGGGAUGACCCUUCACGAGAUAGUUAUCUGAAGGAAUUUGUUGAUGUUUUGCUGGAACCACAGUUUCAAGUACUUGAGUCAGAGUAUCACUUAUCACAGAAGUUGUUAUUGGCGGAGAAGGAUUUGACAUCAGCUAUGGAACUUUUAAGACAUACAACUGCAAUGCUUAAGAUUUUAAACAUAGGAACAUUGGAGGAACAAAGGAUGUAUGUUUCCAUGUGGUCUAAGAUGAUUUCUGUCUGCACACAAGAGUUAAAGCAUGGUGCCUCGAUUUGGAAUCAAGCAGCGGAGAAGCAUGUCCAAACUCAGUUUCUAUCUGAUCCUCAAGGAAGGAAGUUUGUUUUAGCCCUUGGAGAGAUAUACAGGGUGGUGGUGAUUCUUGGAGCUUCAGCCAAACUUUUCAAGCCUUGGGUUUUAUCAUGUUCAGUGGACUCACCAACCGUCUGUGCUCUUCCAGAGGAAUGCCAUGCUUUGUGGUCAACUUCAGGGCUUGAAGAAGCAUUUUUAAGUGUAUCAGGGCCAACUGCUUCGAAUAAUACAUCAUUAUUGAGUUCCAUCAAACACAUCCUUGGUCUUGAUGCACUUGUACUUCAAAACCAUGUUUUCAUGGGAAAGAAAUCUUUGUGUCGGCUGUCGAUGCUGACUGCAGAAGUGGCACCAGGCAUGACGAUGGUAAUGUGGGGAAACAAGGAGUAUUUCGUGACUCUUGCAAAUCUGUGGGCAAACUUGAUAAGCCAUAAUCCUCCAGAGUUACCACAGUUGAACCUUGUUUAAUAAGGAGAAGUAAGUGGAAAUCCCAUGUCACUAAUCUCUUUCUAGAGUGUCUUAUUAGAUGUGUGCUCGAGCUCUGCCGAUCCAUACAGGGAACGCCAAGGGAAACUUUACCGGGCUUCCCUUUAAUAGCUUCCCUGUGAUUACUUUUUCAUGAUAAGACAUGUCACGUUAUUGGAGCCAAUAUGUGCUUUUCUGCCGCAUUCACAUUGCACCGGGUCAACAAACUGCAGAAUGAAGAUAUGAGUUUCUGAGAUGGUUUUGUCCAGAAAAAGAGAUUAUUUUGUUUCAUUACUUUUCUCUUCUGUUUGGUAUUCUUUUCCGUAGGUUUUAGAGUAUUGUGAAUGUAGUGAUUUUGUUGUAUAAGUGUGUAGUUUCUGUACAAGUUGACUACGGGUGCCAUUCGCGCACAAUUUUUUCAUUAUUAGACCUGUCAAGGUUAUACCACUAAAGUAGACUACAACAUUCAUCUUUCUUUUCAAUAUAUAUAUUUUCAGACUGUCA